AUGGAGACGACCAAAGACGAGAAGAUACUUAAGGUUGAGGCUUUCAUAAACGAGAAGCUCCGAAAAGACCUCAGGCUAACACUCGAAGCGGGGGACGCCGUGUACGCCGAGAUCUCCGAGUACCUGGAACUGCAGAACCUGUUGGAGAAGUUUGCCGAGAUGGGCAUCGAAGGCGACGAGGGCAUGAACACGAUGGUUGACAUGGGCUGCAAUUUCUACCUCAAGGCACACAUACCCGACUUUAAGCGGAUUUACGUGGACAUAGGAAUGGGCUUCCAUGUGGAGAUGACGCAUUCCGAGGCGUUGGCGUUUAUUAAGGAGAGGGUCGACUUGCUCAACGACAAGGCGGAGGUAUUUCGGAAGAAAUCGUUUGAAAUUAAGGCACGGAUUAAAGUCUGCCUAGAGGGUCUAAAAGAGCUCCAGGGCCUCGGCGUGGAAGAACGACCUGACUUUCGAGAUGUCCUUGUGUGA